UCUCUCCCCUCUCUCUCACCUCACACACUUUCUCUCCCUCCCUCCCUCUCUCUCUCCUCUCUCUCACCUCACACACUUUCUCUCUCUGUCUUUCCCUCUCUCUCCUCAGCCCCUCGGAGUCGGUCGGUGCCUCGAAGCCCCCUCUCUGCUCUUCGUCCGUCCCGUCUCGCGUCCUCUUGCGCCAACAGCUGAUGAGGGAGCAGCUUCAGGAGCAAGAGCGCAGAGAGCAGCAGAGAUCACACCAGUCCUCCUCCCCCCACUACCCCCAGACCACUGCCACUCAGACCCCCGCCAUCAACGUCACCUCGGCCCUGCCCCAUGCUGCCCCAGUGCCCAUGGAGGUGCUCAAGGUCCAGACCCACCUGGAGAACCCCACAAAGUACCACAUCCAGCGCUCACAGCAACAACAGGUGAAGCGUUACCUGGGGAAACUUGGCUCUCAGGCCCUGAGCUUGCCCUGCCCCAACCAGUCCUCUGACCACGGGGGCAUGCCGCCAGGGCCGGGCAACAGCGCCCCCAACAGCCCCAUGGCCUUGCUCACCCUCAACUCCAACUGCGAGAAAGAGAUGGACGAUGUAAUUGAUGACAUAAUUAGCCUGGAGUCCAGUUACAGUGAUGAGAUCCUGGGUCUGAUGGAUCCAGGACUUCAGAUGGCUAACACAAUCCCUGUUCCUGGCAACAUUAUUGACAUGUACGGUAACCAAGGUAUGCCUCAACAAGGUCUGCCCAUCAGCAACUCCUGCCCAGCUAACCUGCCCAACAUCAAAAGGGAAUAUUCCGUUUCACAAUCCCCUGCCAUCAUGCACAUGCUGGACAAGUCUGGAUCCUGUGGCAAAUAUGACAGCUAUCAAAGACCUGAAGGGUUCCCUGUGGAAGUCCGUGCCCUGGCCAAGGAGAGGCAAAAGAAAGACAACCACAACCUCAUUGAGAGAAGACGGAGGUUCAACAUCAACGAUCGCAUCAAGGAACUGGGUACCUUAAUACCAAAAUCCAAUGACCCGGACAUGCGCUGGAACAAAGGCACCAUUCUCAAGGCGUCUGUGGACUAUAUCAGGAAACUCCAGCGGGAGCAGCAGAGAGCCAAAGAGCUGGAGACACGGCAGAAGAAGCUCGAGCACGCUAACCGGCAUCUCAUGCUACGGAUACAGGAGUUGGAGAUGCAGGCUCGUGCUCAUGGUUUGGCCAUCGCCUCCUCUGCACUUUGCUCAGCUGAACUCGGGGCCCGACAAAUCAAACAGGAGCCUAGCAUGGAGGACUGUCACCAGGACAUGUACACGCUGCACCCCCAGCACCACCACCAGGCCUGCACCCCUGAGCACCCCACCUCUCUGGAGCUCAGCGACGGCCAUGGUAACUACCAAGAGUCCACCCACUACAGCGUCCACAACAAGGCAGGGUCCAAGCUAAACGAUAUCCUCAUGGAAGACACGCUGUCCCCGGUGAGAGGGGGAGACCCGCUGCUCUCCUCUGUCUCCCCUGAUGCUUCACAGGACAGUAGCCGCAAGAGCAGCGUGAGCAUGGAUGAGAAUGAGCAGGCCUGUUAGCACCCCCUACUGGACAGAACUCUGUACAACCACUCAAACCUUGAGUUGGGACUGUUCUUUUGAGCUGCUGUAAAGAUUCUCCCUUUCCUCUGUUUACAUGUUUGUUAAUAUCUUGUGCCCUCUACUUUUAUUUCAAGGACUGAUUUUUUUAUGUGUAAUGCUUUAAUCAGAAUUUUAUGACAAUGAGUUUUAAAAAUAGUUUUUAUAUUUAAACGACUAUAGACUUAUCUCUGCAUAGAGGUUAGAUUGUGCUAUUUCUACUGAUUCCAAAGAAUCUAGCUAAGUUAUAAAUCGUGGUCAGAAAUGUAGAUAUUCUGCUUUCAAAUCACUAGCAAUAAUAUAAUUGUAUUUAUUGAAGUAUCCUGCUUUACACUCCUUGUGUCUUAGAUUGAACUUGAAUGUGCCAAUGCCUUAUGAAGAUGUGUGGACAUGUGGUUCUGCUAGUGAGGCGUCAGAAAUGAGGUUUAAAUUUGUAUAUUCUUUAAUCAGUUGUAGAUUUAUUUAUCAUUCUUGUAUUUCGCUUAAAAGUUAAUUUAUAUCAAGAUAAUUAAUAAUAAUAAUCAUUUAAGUAUCUGAUUAUUAAAGCAUGUGAAAUCAAAUCGAAAAUUACUAUACAAAAGGCAACAAACUAUAGAGAUUUUCACUGCCAAAAACACAAAAGCACAAACAUGUCCCUGUAUACCAUUAAAUCACUGUUCUCUAUAGAGCGGUUUUUAGGGUUGAUGAAUCUGAAUAUAUAAGUUUUCAGAUUAAUAUAAUGGUCUAACCAAAUGGUUAAACUACAAAAGCACAAACUACUGUUUUUUUGGUCACUUUUUUGUUACUGUCCAUUCAAAUCUUUAUCUAUUGUUAUUACACUGCUCACUGAUUAUUGCCAGGAGUAUAAGGAGACUGUUUUGAGAUUUUGUAUGUGAUGCAUUUAUCCCAUUCAAAUACACUGAAUAUUCUCACAAUCUAUUACAGAAUUUGUUAGGGGAAAAAAAGAUAAGUUAUAAGUUAUCUUCUUCUACUACCCAUGAGUUUCAGAGUGAUGAAAAUUUGGCACUGUUGCAUAUCUUUUAAAUGGCUAGGAGCACUCAAAACAGUUUCUACCUUCUACUCACCAUCUCAAAAUGACACCUACAGUCAGGUAUCUGAAACUCAUGAACUUGAUGAUUUCUUUCUAUGUAGCAGAAUGGAAAAAUGCCUACUUGGGUUUAGCUGCCCAGUCUGUGCUAGUGUUGUCAAUUUUGAGACUCAAUACUGACACUAAAAACACUCCUUGUUAGACAAUGAUAUGUAUUUUUCCACACAAAAUAAUAGUAGGUUUGUUACUAUACCAUGUGAUCUUACAAUGGGAAUGAUACAGACCAAGACCAUUUUAAGACUAUUCAGGAAACAUAAAAUUUUGUCCUAUCUGGUAUUUCUCAGUAUAGAUACUAGUUCAAAUGAGUAUCUAGUUUCAAAUCUAGCUUUAGCAUCGAUUAGUAUCUGGAGAUCGACACUUUUGACAACCCUAGCAGUCAUAGCCUGUUUAACUAUGCAGUGGCCACAUUUGUGCCUGGGUGCCCUCCACAUGAAUGAAGAGAUUUUACAUUUGUAUUGAUUUAAGUGCCUUAUAUUGCUUCUGUUACCGUAGCGAUUUAUGUUUUAUACUUCUGAGACAAAGAGCCGCUGAGACUUCACUCUUAUGCUUUGACAAGUUGUUUAUUUUGCUAAAGGUUAAGUUACACAAUGAUCUCAGUGUUGUGUUAUAGACAAUAUUGUUGACACUGUUUGCACGAAUGUAAUGUACAACUUAUUGUCGGUGCCAAAAUGUGUUGCCAAACUUAAUACACUGGAUGUUUAUAGCGGAGUAAGUCAUUUUGAGAUGUCUGAAAAUGUGAAGAUUGGUAAUUAAUAUUGAUUAUACCCAAAAAUGUCUGUUCAUACAAACUAUUUAAAUUAUUUUCUAUCUAUACGGUAUAGUUGUUGGUUGUAGUCUUGAAAAUAAGCACAAUAACUGAAUACUUAGUAAUAGAAAUUUCAUGAGUCUGUCCAUUUUCAUCUGUUACACUUUAUUUAAAAUGAAUGUAGCAAUAGAAAUGGUAGUAUUUUAGUGCACUGGAUACAAAUUGUUGAAGUUAAACUCACUGGUACAUCACGUGGAAGCUCUUGUGAGAAGUAUUAAAAUUUUAUUUGAAUAUUU